AACAAGAAGUUUGUGAAAGAAUCUAAGUUUGGUCAGUAUGUCAGACCAUUAGCUAUCGUCAUUGACCGCAAACGUUAUACUUCACAAGAGUUAGCAGUAGUUUUGAAACAAAAGGGUUUCUUCGUGAAUGUCAAAGAUACACACUAUACUGUCAUAAAGAACUCUAACGUUGACUUCUUCAGUAUUGCUUUAAAUCUUUCCGAACAGAAAGAAUAUAAGAAGGGUGAAAUAAAUGUGAAAUAUUAUCCUUCAUCUCUGAAGACAAUAACGAACAAAGAUGUUAUACAAAAGUUCUUACCAAAGGUUGAAGAAGCUUCUAUUGACAUUGACGAAGGAAGUGAAAUGGUUGAAGAAAUUGACCCUGAAGCUAUUUAA